GCUCAGUCACUGAGCCGCCGCCGAGGACUCAGCAGCCUCCCCCUUGAGCCCCCUCGCUUCCCGACGCUCCGUCCCCCCUGCCCGCCUUCUCCCGCCGCCGCCUUCCGCAGGCCGUUUCCACCGAGGAAAAGGAAUCGUAUCGUAUGUCCGCUAUCCAGAACCUCCACUCUUUCGACCCCUUUGCUGAUGCAAGUAAGGGUGAUGAUCUGCUUCCUGCUGGCACUGAGGAUUAUAUCCAUAUAAGAAUUCAACAGAGAAACGGCAGGAAGACCCUUACUACUGUCCAAGGGAUCGCUGAUGAUUACGAUAAAAAGAAACUAGUGAAGGCGUUUAAGAAGAAAUUUGCCUGCAAUGGUACUGUAAUUGAGCAUCCAGAAUAUGGAGAAGUAAUUCAGCUACAGGGUGACCAGCGCAAGAACAUAUGCCAGUUGUUCCUGGUAGAGAUUGGACUGGCUAAGGACGACCAGCUGAAGGUUCAUGGGUUUUAAGUGCUUUUGGCUCACUGAAGCUUAAGUGAGGAUUUCCUUGCAAUGAGUAGAAUUUCCCUUCUGUCCCUUGUCACAAGUUUAAAAACCUCACA